CUGAGCCGACUGUGCAAGUCGGAGCGUCAUUUUUUUUAUUAAUAAACAGCUUUCGUUUCCAAAUUGCUGGGUUAUGGCCUCUAAAGUGAUUGCUAAGUUGCCCGUCCAGCCUUUCGCCCAGGUCAACGGGGUGAAUAAAACGAGCUUGGGCAACGUUAAUGGCGAGGUUGUGGCUGUGUCUAGGACUCCAGAGCUUUCCUUCAAAAAUCUGGAUGGUCCCAAGACGCAGGAGGCCUCAAGAGUGGCGCAGCUGGAGCAGAACAUCCGCUUUCUGCAAGAACAACACCAGUUGAUGCUUAGCGGACUGCACAACGAAAUCGAGAGUUUAAGGAACAGAAACAAAGAGCUGCAGUUUCAACUGGUUUUUGUGAAAGGUGCAGUGCCCAGCACUCCUUCGUCGCCCGAAGAUGAAUCCAGAUACAAGACGUACAACAGUCCAAAAACCUUCAACAUCACACCGUUGCAAGUGGAACUGUUGGAAAAGGAGUUGGGAGACUUGAAGCUGCAGCUGCAGGAAGCUGAAAGUCGCAACGUCUACCUAUCAGCCAUAACCGAUGAACAAAAAAAGAAGCUGGAAAGGUACGAACGGGACCGCGAGAAAGAACGCGAACGAGCCUGUCAACCGGAUCCAGAACUGCUGCGCAAACUGGACGACGCCGAGGCCAUCAUACGUAGGCUGCGCAGGGAAAAUUCAGACCUGCGCAGAGAGACGCAGGCGGUGGCGCAAGCAGCGCAGCAGCAGCAGCAGCAGUUCCACCCCCACCACCACCACCAUCAUAACAACGCGAAUGGCGGCGGGGGCGCUGGUGGUAAUAGCGGUGGAGGGGAGGACAGAUCGCCCAAUCCAGCGAGCUCGAGAGAAAACAACGGCGGCGGUGGUGGGAACUACCACGGCAACUCUAGGGGCGGUCAGGGACAAAACAGGGGAAAUCAUAGACAUCAUAGGGGACACGGUGGUGGCAACAACCACUUCAGGGGCAACUGGUUCCCCCCUCUACACUCGCAAAGCUACUGGCAGGGCGGCAGUAAAAACCAGGUUCCCGUAGGAGACGCCGCCGCGUUGCCAAAUCUCCAAACGCCAGACGCGGCAACUGGGAGCGCCUGUCAACAACCGCAACAAUAUCAACAGCCACAAGGUCGAAGAUCGCACAACAACAACAACCAUCAUUACCAUAGCAACGGUGAGAGUAGAAAGCACCGGCAGAAUAAAGGCGGGAAAGCAUCCUAAUGUGUACCCACCUUUAACGAGGCACACCGCCUUUUGUUAUGCGCAGUCGCAUGCGAUACGAGACCAGGGUUGACAUUGACGUGAAUAUUUUUCGACAGUGUUGCCAAGUUUGUUAUUUGGCAUAACAGCGUCAAAAUUUGAACAAAACCCACCACCUUAAUAUUGUCAAUGAGCUGUCAAAACAUUUAAACUAAAUACAACCCCAAGACAUUUCUGGAGAUCCUACGUUAUACCUACCUGGCAACACUGUACGAUAAAAGCGAUGCUGAAAGCAAUAAGUAUGAAAUGCGUCUGCGCGUGCGUAGUUGGUUGCCUAAUCCACUUCAUAUAACGCUUAAAGGCUGUUUUCAACAAAACAAAUAGUAAAAUAACUUUGUAAACUGGGUAUUCUUAACUUUUGACUUGCAU